GAAGACCGCAGACAUGCUCAGGUUUCUUGUGUUGAUCUCUUUCGCAGCCCUCGUGCUGGCCCAGCUGGAGCCCGAGCCCAGGUAUCUGGAGGAGGACAGUGUGGAGGAGAGAGUUGUGGGAGGUGAAGUGGCCAGACCCAACACCUGGCCCUGGCAGAUCUCUCUUCAGUAUAAAUCUGGCUCCAACUUCCACCACACGUGUGGAGGAACCCUGGUCAGGAGAGGAUGGGUCAUGACCGCAGCUCACUGUGUCGACCGCUCCAGGACUUGGCGCGUUGUUCUUGGAGAACACAACUUAAACUCCCACGAAAGCAGAGAACAGUACAUGAGCGUGAGCCGCGUCUACGUCCACCCCAACUGGAACUCCAACAGCGUUGCUGGAGGGUGGGACAUUGCUCUCCUGCGUCUGUCCUCUGAUGCUUCCCUGAACAACAACGUCCAGCUGGCCGCCCUCCCCCCCAGUGGUCAGGUCCUGCCCCACAACAACCCCUGCUACAUCACUGGAUGGGGACGCACCCAGACCGGAGGUCAGCUCUCUGCUCAGCUCAAACAGGCGUCCCUGCCUGUUGUCGACCACAAGACCUGCUCCAGCUACGGAUGGUGGGGCAGCACGGUGAAGAGCUCCAUGGUGUGUGCUGGUGGCGGCAGAGACUCUGGAUGCCAGGGCGACUCCGGUGGCCCCCUGAACUGCAGCGUCAACGGCCGGUGGGUUGUCCACGGUGUGACCAGCUUUGUGUCCUCCUCCGGCUGCAACGCUACCAAGAAGCCCACCGUCUUCACCCGCGCCUCCGCCUACAUCAGCUGGAUGAACAGCAUCAUGGGUUGAGAAGAAGGACAGUCUCCAUGGAGACGGGAGAAGACUCGGGAUUCGUCUCCUCUUCUGUGCGACUCCAUCACAAUAAAAUGUCAUUUUCACUGUA